AGUUGUGUUGGAAUUUAUCUUAUUAAAUAUAUUUGUGUUUUAUUCUAUUUAGUAUUGUUCGCAGAUUAAUAACAUUACAGUGGAGUUAUGAUUUAUGAGUGAUAUAGUGUUUUUCAUUUUAAACGCAUUAAAUAUAAAAUUAUGGAUCCUUUCACUCAGCGUAUGUUAGAAAGAGCGCGUGCGAGGCAAGAAAAAAUCGAUCAGAAACUGGCCAAUUCAGGACAAUCAGUUCCAAAGCGGAAACCGUUGACAGAAAACAUUAUUAAAAAUCAAGCGUCACCUAUUAAAUCGCCGAUAAAAAACACAAGGGAAUCCAUUUUGUCACCGAAAAAGUCUUUAAAAGAAUCAAUUAAUUACGAUGUGCCCGUAAUAAAGAAAGUAAUACAAAAAACUGACCAAACAUUAGUACCGACGCCGCAGAGAGCUCGUAAUGAUAUUAUAGUCACCAAAAAAGAGUUCAAAAGUCCCAAACGGAGCAGUCUUAAUCGUCGCAAUUCAGAUGUGUCGGUGGAGAUAAAUAUUUCACAUAGGAAUGAUAUUCAAAUAGAAGUCCAAGUUGAGGAGAGGGAUGCGCCUAUCAGCAUUGUUUAUGAUACAACAGCUGAAAGUGGGAAUAAUGAGGUUAUUAAAGAAAUAGAAGAUGAUACUACAAAGUUAGAAAAGAAAGCUAUUGAGAUGGCAGACGAUAAGUCAGAGAAGACUACGUCAGGACUACGUCACAAUUUCAAAUCUAGACUGGAUCGACUUGGCAAUUUGUAUUCUGAUAAGCCAGAAUUAUCUUCACCAAUUCAUCGAACCGAGCAGGAGUUCACAUUAGCAACACCACCUCCAGCCGGAGAGGCUCCAAAACCGAAAGGUGGUGGGAAAAAGUAUGGUAGACUGGCAGCUCUCGCUGAUCAGAUCAAUAACUGGGAGGAUGAUAUGAAGCAUCAUACUCACCAGCAGCCAGCAGAAACUAAGAAAGCUCCUCCGACCAAAGAAGAGAAAUUAGAGGCUUCCACGCUCGAUGUCUCAAUUCACUCCUUUAAGGAUAUCAACAAAGUUUUGCAGACUGCUACAAAAACUAACAAGACUAAUGUAAAUUCAAACACAUUCAAGAAACCUAUGAACGAAUGUCAACGGUUGGGGAAGAAAAUUGUCGCUGAACUGGAGGGCGAAGGGUACCGCCGCGUCUCCGCCACCCAAUCGCGGCUCGUUUACGAAUUCGCCCCGACGAAACACGAACUCGACCGACAGGAGCCGAAGAGUACGACAACCCCCAGUGCAGCUCCAGCCCCCAACAUGGCAACUAUGGUGGCCGCGUCGCCGGUCGCCGUGACAAAAAAACCAUCCAUUAAAAAGUAUAGGGCGCCGACGCCGCCGAGUAAAUUGGAAUUGGACGAAAAUUGUGAAAGUGAAAAGGAUAAAGAGAACAAUGUCGUCGAACGCGAAGAGAACGACAACACGGAGAGCGAUUGUAUACAAACAAAGCAAGAUGACAGGCCGGUGUCGCAGGGCUCGCCGGUCGUUAGGAAACUUGCGCCGAGGUUGAACGGCAAUGUUGACAGGAGCUCCGUACUCUCUAAAGCGGCUAUGUUCGAGGCCGGGAGCCCUAGGUCGAAGGAGAAGGAUCCGGCUGAAAUGUCGCUCCGUGAACGGAAAGCGUUGUUCGAAAAGAAUAAGGGUGUAGCGAUUAUUCCAAAGGCACCCUUCGGCCUCGCACCCUCCGCCAAAACACUGCAUGGAGACACGAAAGACAAAACCGUUAAGCAGGCACAAAAAACGCCGACUAAAUCUAACACGCCCGAGAGAAACUCCAGGACGAAUUCAAAAGAUAGCUUAGCGGAAGACAACAUUAGUCAAAGUUCUCUAGGAGGAGGUAUAAAAGGAAAACUGGCAGCGCUUUUCAAUAAGGAGCAGACGAUAAGCGAGACGACGAUAGCUAAUAAGUUCAAGCAAGAAAGAAACAGAGAAAUGGAGAUGCUACAGAACAGAUUCCAUUAUAAGCCAAAAUCUCAAAAACCAGAAAACAAUGAAUCUGACGACGAUCAAAGCGAGCACGAAUCAGAAAAGGCUCCUCUGAUGGGAAGCACCACAAGCUUAUCCCAGCUAAACAAAAAACCCGAGAUCAUCGCCAACGUACCCAAGGCAACGUUGGAAGCAAAAUCUGAACCGAAAGACGACAAGGAAGUUGAGCAUGACAAGGUUGUUGGUUCGCAACCUGUUAAACGUAGAAGUUCGCAAGACUCCCCCGUGGUUCUAUCGGUAUUGGAGGACGUGAAAAGGAUAAAAGUAAAUAAUAAUAAGGAGAAUGGUGCGGUCGUACAUCAGCCGACCGGAUUAUAUCCACAUUUGUCUGACAUAGAGACGGACAAUUCGAACACACAGGAGGAAUAUUCGGACUGUGGAGGAUCAAGUUCGGAGCAUAUAUCUGGGAGGUUGAACAAAUCUGAUAACUGGGCGGAUACGUCUUUCGGCCGGGAGGUGAUGAAUGUUGUGAAGAAGAAUAACACAAGUUACAAGAAAGCAGUUCAGAGCGAUUCAGACGAAUCAGGCAGUGCCUGUGACAGCGAAUUGGACGAGUUACUUGAUGAGGCUCUGGAGGACGAGGGACCCACGCCGCCUAAGAUUAACAAGGUGAAUGAGCACGGCAGCCUGUCCUCAUCGAGUUUCGUGUACCAGGAGAAGGGGUUCAAGUCGCCGCUGAAGGGCCAGGUGACGCCGUCCAGACCGGAUCGCGGGAACGAACUAGUCCACAGCGUCAGUUUCUACAGGCGCAUGCAGGCCUCGUCCACGCCGACCACGCCGCUGCGCGUGGUGCGCCACUCGUCGCCCGAGCGCGACGCGCCGGCCGCGCCCGAGCCCGCCGUCACCACCGUGCGCCGCCGCAUCAAGGAGCUGCACCACGAGAUCUCCAAGCAGCAGACCGUCAUAUCGCAGGCCAGUCAAGCUCUGAAUCUCUGUGCGGCCACCAUCGAGUUCAGUGGAUCGACUGAGCAAGCGGAAGGAGAGAGACUACUACUGUUGGCGACCCAUCGUCGGCAGGCCUGCCUGCACGAGGUGCAGCGCCUGCAGGUGGAAGGCGCCGGUCCCGCCGCCACGGCCGGCAUGGCCACAUUGCACAUGAGCAACUUGCAGGUGCCGCUCCGGAGAGAUUAUAUAAGACAACUGAACGCCGAUGGCGCAGUGGGGCAUCACGUCGUCUGUCUACUGAAAUGUCGCGAUCGUGUUCUCGCAACGAGCAUGCAGCUAACAAAACCCAAUGCACCUUUACACUUCCCUGACGAGAUACGUAUGGACGGACUUUCCAGCGAUUUUAAGGUGACUGUUGAAGUAUACUUGCUUCAAGCAUCCAAGGAGGUUCUACCGCAUGAUGUGAAAUAUCAUAUUUCGAACAAAAAAGGCAGCUCUAAACUUUUGACUCCAAAGUCCAAGGUGUCAGAAUUAAAAGCACCUCGCGUCCAAAGCCCAGCCGGACCCAUGUCCGUCCGGAGCCCACAGUUCCAGCUGCACGGCUAUUGCAUAUUUGCGCUCCAGCAAGCUACACGAAAGAAUUUCACAUUAAAUAAGGUGCCGCACGGCAGCCCGCUGGAGGGGUCGCUGAGCGUGCGGAUCAGCGCGCGCGUGGUGGUGCCCCCCCCGGCGCCGCACUCCGCCUUCCUCACCGCCUUCGACGACGUGUGCGGCCUGGGCGCCUGGCACCGCCGCUGGUUCCGCCUGCAGCCGCCCACGCUCUCCUUCUGGAAGUACCCGGAUGACGUGCAGAAAAAGAUGCCAAUCGGCGACAUCGACCUGUCGACGGUGGUCUCCGAGAAGGUGGUGCGGGCGCCCCGCGAGCUGUGUGCGCGCCCCAACACGCUGCUGCUGGAGGCGGCGGUGCCGGCCGGCCUCAUCGUGCCGGACAGCGGCUCGCUCGUGUACGUGCGCGGCCCGGACGGCUCCGUGCGGCGCCGCCACCUGCUGGCCGCCGACACGCCGCUCGACCGCGACCUGUGGCUCGACAAGCUCAACAGCGCGCUCGAGUACGUGCGCUGCUCCGCCGCCGACGACGACGAUUGACUUCACCGUGUUCGUGUGAAAGGGACUUAGCUUUAUUAAUAUAUUACCGAUUAAGUAUCGCUGGUUAGCACUGAAAGUUAUUAGGUACGUACAUACUACAUACAUGUAUAAUACAUUAAGAUACAGAUUACGUACAUAGUAAUUCUUCGUAUAUACUUAGCAUUUCUAUGUUGGUGAUGCAUCCACUGUUGAUAUUGUUCACAUAUAGCUUUUUACAUAAUGAAUAUAUUACAUCAUUAUUAAUAAAUGCAUUAAUAGACGUAGGGGAUUCGUAGCAACUCCUAAGUAUCUAACUUAUUUUUUGAAUUAUAGCCAAACCUUAAUCUAAAUUUCUCUUAACCACAAAAACACAACAAUAGUUACUCAUGAAAUUGUCUAAUAUAAAAUUAUAUUUUUAAUAUAAUAUAUAAAUCCACUUGAAGUGUUCUGCGAGAAUAUCAACUACGUUGUUACAAACGGCUUAAAAAAUAAACUUAAUGAACGCCUCCGUAAACCAGUAUUGUAUGUUCGUACGAAAUUUUAAAUAUAUUAUCAAUAAUAAGACUAAUCAUUCACCAAAUCUCGUAGAAAUGUGUUCAGCUGUAAAGCUCAAUUGGAUUAUUUAAAAACUAUAUUUAUUUUGACAUUAUAUGAUAUAAAAAUUAUUGUUCUUAGUCAAUAGUGAUAAAAUUUAAUGUGCUUAAUUUUUAACCAUGAAAAACGCCAUGGAAAGAAUAUAUGAAAAGUAAAUACUAAUCAAAAUAUUAUACUUUUGGAUAUGUUUAUAUUCAUUAACAAAUAACUGUAUUCUAAAUUCAAAUGAAAUUAAAAUGGGUACUCGUUAAAUCCUUAUGCGCUAUAUUUAAAGAUAAUCCUUUAAAUAAAAUCAAUAUAAUUCAAAAAUAUAAUGAAAGUGUGUUAGCGACCGAAGAUACGCUUAAUUGUAUCUUUAACAAUCUUAACAAAAAAUCCUAAACAUUGUUUAGAAACAAAUUGGGAGCUUUUUCCUAAGGCAAUUAUCGUUAUCGUAAAACGCGCCGUUUAUGACUUAUUUGCAAAAACGCGUUAUUCAAGCUGGCAACACCACUCGCCUUCUGCUAAAGACUAGAAUUUACACUUGCCCCUACUUUCUAAUUAAAAAAUCACUUAUUGGGUGGUUUUUGAGUGAUUUCACUUUUGGUUCUUUUUGAAAUAAAGGGCAUUAAGUCACUCUUUACUUAGCGCGUUUAUGUUCGUGAAAAUAAUGUAUUACACUUCUUACAGAAUUUAAGAUGUCUAAUAUAUUAUUUUUUAAAAUAUAUCUCGGUACAGUUGUCGUUAUUUGAUAAUUUAAAUACAAAACUGUCUAACAAUAUCUAACAAUAGUAUUAUAUUCAGUCUAAAAUAUUUUAUAUCACUUAUAGUAAGGUAUUUUUAUAUUAACGAUUGUGAAAG